GGAAACCCACUUUCAAUUGCAGCCCUGUCGCGGGAUCUCGAAAUGGCGCGCCAGCUUCUCGAGGCCGGAGCCAACCCCAACACACCAUGUCCAAGGUAUGGCAGUGCCAUCCACGCGGCCUACUGUCAUCAGUCUGUACCUUGCGACUUCGCGGAGUUGCUAUUGCCUCUCCUCAUUAGCCAUGGCGCAGACAUCAACGUAGCCCACGUUGAUCGCGGUACCAUCCUCACAUCGCUCGCAAGGAUAUCAGAGGAUAAGAGCGUUACACGCAUAGCAUUUUUGAUUGACCGAGGGGCCGACUGCAACCUUACCGGCGGAUCACUACAUACGCCUUUGAUCGUUGCAGCAGCAUCAUCAGGUCCGCAGUCACUGGAGAUCAUGCAAUUGCUCCUCAAAUCCGGUGCUAAGCUCGACAUUUAUGGUGGGAUCUACGGAAGCCCGUUACUCGCCGCUACC